AAUAACCUGAAGAAUAUUGACAGAAUGCACACAAAAGUCCUGCAGCAGGGUCUAUGGGCUUUGUUGCUGUGGCCCCAUCUUUUCACUGUAAGUGUCCCGCUAGAGUGCAGAGAUGAUCAGGCUAGUCUCGCACGCUGUCCCUCCAUCUCCCAGGAAAAACUUCUCGACCGAGUCAUCCAUCAUGCUGAGCUCAUCUACCGUGUUUCAGAGGAAUCAUGCUCCUUGUUUGAAGAGAUGUUCAUCCCACUGCCUUUGAGGCUCCAGAGUAACCAGGGUGGUUACGCCUGCAUCACCAAAGCAUUACCCAUCCCCAGCUCCAAAAGUGAAAUCCAACAGCUAUCUGAUAAAUGGCUGCUGCAUUCUGUGCUGAUGCUGGUCCAGUCUUGGAUCGAACCUUUGGUUUACCUCCAAAUGACGCUGGAUCGCUACGACCAUGCUCCUGACAUGCUGCUGAACAAGACCAAGUGGGUGUCUGAGAAACUGAUCAGUCUGGAGCAAGGCGUGGUGGUGCUCAUCAAGAAGCAGAUGUUGGAUGAAGGAGCAAUGACCACGACAUACUCCGAACAAGGUGCCUUCCAGUAUGACGUCCAGCUGGAGAUGCUGGAAUAUGUAAUGAGGGAUUAUACCUUACUCACCUGCUUGAAGAAAGACGCCCAUAAGAUGGAGACUUUCCUAAAGCUCCUGAAAUGCCGUCAAACUGACAAAUACAACUGUGCAUAAAACAUAAACUGCAGCUUUUGAAUAAUAAAUUUCUUGGCUUUCAAAGAA